AUGUCGCGAACGCCAUCGACUUCGACAUCGACCUCGGCGCGUACAAAAGACGCGAUGUCCCAGGAACUCUUCAAUGCACUCGCGCACGUCGUGAGUCUCUCCAAGACGUACCGAAAGCGAUACCCCAAACCAGACGAUGAACGCGACGACGCGCUCCUCGAGUUUAUCCACUGUGUAGGAGUGGUACUGCCUACCUCGCCAAGCGACUUGAACGCUGUAUUCUGGGACAGGCUUGCUCAAGGCCUCGAGACGGGCUACCCCAUGCCUGAACGCAGUGUGGCCACUACCCAGGACGUGAACGCCACUCCCACCACCUCAUCUCGCCGUCGUGCUUAUACUUCUCAUGCAUCCACCGCGACCUCCUCGGGCCUCAUGAUACCUGAACCUUCACAAGGCCUGCCGAACGCACUUGGAUUGCACCUCGGAACGCCAACCACACCCACCUCUUCAUCGUCGUCGUCAUCAUCUUCCUACCUCAGCACCCCCGGGCUCGACCACGACUCCUCCUUCUCCUCAUCCUCGUCGGAAUCCACACUCGGUCCUGCCACCCCAGGCCCUUCCUCCACGCUUCUAGGACUUCCUUUCUCUUCCAACGCCCAACCCCAGACUCCCCGCACGAGUGGCUCGAACCUCACGCCCCUGCGUCCUGGCGGGCGCGGUCUCCGGCGCGAGGGCGCCUUCCACGGCAUAAAAAAACUCGCAAAAGUCUAUCCCGGAACUGGGGAUCCUAAACCUGAAGACUACGCAGCAGAAGACUCGGAUGCUAGUUCCAGCUCCAGCUCCAGUUCUAGUUCUUCAUCUGGAACUGGGGGUCUGGGAUCUGCGUUCCAACAAACUCAAACUCAAAACCCAUUCCAACGCUCCCUUUACCACCCCCCUGGCGCCAGUGGACUUGGACCUGGACCUGGACUUGGACUUGGACCAGGAGUGACAGCGGAACCGCGCACUCCAUCGGGAAGAGCACCCAUGACUCUCCCGGUACGGCCAGCUUACAUCCCCCUGACGCCCGCUUCGAUGCCGCACGAAACCUCGGACGAUGUGUCGGAUACGUCUUCGACCCGCGCUCGAGCUCCUAUCAGCCACUCCUCGCCCUCGAGUCGCGCUAGGCCUCUAUCUAGGGCCGCUCGGGGCCCGGGUGGCAUAGUGGCUAGUACUACCGCCACCACCAGUUCUCGGAGGGCUGGCGUCGCCACUGGCAGCGGUAGGGCUGGGGGUACUGCCAGGCUCGGUGCCACUAGUACUCGGUUAGGCAUCGGGAGGGUAGGGACAACUAGCACUAGGGUAGGUGCUGCUGGUAGGACGGGUACGACCGGUCCUAUUCGUACGGCUCGUACCAGGCGUUUGGCGCGUCCCUUGUCGUCGGGCACACCGGCCAUGGAGGUCUCACCGCGCAACCUCGAGAUGUAUCUUCGCGCUCCUGGACCCGGUGCCCAUGCCAACUCGAACCUCAACUUGAACUCCAACACUAGUGCUAAUGUCAACGUCAACGUCAAUGCCCUCGGAAGCAGCAGUGGCGGCAGUAUCAGCUCCCCGGCACCCCUACUCUUCGCACCAUCGACGGGCUCAAAGAGGAAACGCUCCCUCCUCGAGAUCGCGCGUUCCGACUCGUCCUUCUCCUCUGAUUCAGAAAAAGACGCGGAGGAGGUGGAGAGGGAGGUUUUGUUGGUCGGUCGAGGAGCUGGGAGGUCGACUGGAACAACCACCACCAAGGAGCGGGUUAGGGAAGUCAAAUUCGAUUUGGGUGAAGGUUCUUCUUCGAGGGGUGCUGGGGACAAUGACUUGGAGAGGCCGGCUAGGAAGAGGAUGAGGACUGCGUUGGAUUUGGGCGGGUCGGACACUAUGGGAGGGGCGCCGGGUGGGCUUGCGCCUGCUUUGACUCUCGCCUCGGCCUCGGCCUCCUCCUCCACUUCGACCUCGGCAUCUGCGAGUGCGAGUACCAGCACACGCCGUUCAUCGACCAAGCGCCUUUCAUCCUUGAAGAAGUGA